AUGAAUCGGUUAGGGAUCCCAUCCGAUAUCUAUACUUGGAGCAUUCUUCUCAAUUGUUUCUACCGCUUGAAUGACAUCCGUUUCGGUUUCGUUGUUCUCAGCAACAUCCUGAAACGUGGCCAUGAGCCGGAUUCCAUGACUCUGGCUACUUUUAUUGAGGGGUUUUGCAUGGAAGGGCGGAUUAGGGAAGCGAGUAAUUUCUUUCUGAAGACAGUAGAAAUGGGAUAUCCUUAUCAUGUGGUGAUGUUUGGGAUACUUAUCGACGGUCUUUGCAAGUUGGGGAACAUCGGAAUGGCUCUUGGGUUGCUUCGAAAAAUGGAGAAGGGAGCGUUGAAAGAAGCAAUGAGUCUGUUUGAGGAAAUGUUGGUUGGAGGAAUCUCUCCAAAUGUGACAACCUUUAGCAUAGUGGUGAAUGUUCUUUGCCAAGAAGGAAUGGUUAAAGAAGCCCAUGGAUUACUAGAAUUGAUGACCCAGAGAGGUGAGGAGCCUAAUGUAAUCACAUAUAGUGCAUUGAUGAAUGGCUACUGUUUUAUUGGCCAAAUGGAUGCCGCCUUAAAGAUAUUUGAUUACAUGGUGUGUAAAGGGCAUAACGCUUCUGUCGUGACUUACACCUUGUUAAUCAACGGCUAUUGCAAGAAUCAGAUGGUAGACAAGGCUAUGCAGCUUUUUCGAGAAAUGCCUUGCAAGGGAUUGAAGCCCAAUAUUGUUACUUAUACCACUCUUAUAUGUGGGUUGUACUGGGUACGGAGAAUUGUGGCUGCACAAGAGCUCUUCAAUGAGAUGCAAGCUCAUGGACAAUGUCCGGAUCCCAUCACAUACACCAUUUUGAUGGAUGGGCUGUGUAAAAGUGAUUGUCCUGUCGAGGUAAUGAAACUACUUAAUGAGAUGCAAAUUAGAGGAAUUCAACCAAAUAAUAAAGUUAUUGGUGUCCUUAUCAAUGGGAUGUGCGAAGCUAGGGAACUUAAAUAUGCGAAGAAGCUUUUCAAUUGGGCCUCUGCCAAGGGCUUGGGGAAUAAUGUUAGGACAUAUAACACGUUAAUCAAUGGGCUCUGUAAAGAAGGGCUUUUGGAGGAAGCUAAUGGAUUGUUCUUGCAAAUGGAAGAGAAGGGUUCCCAACCAGACAGUGUCACCUUCAAUGCUUUAAUUAGGGGCUUUCUACAAAAGAAUGAGACCCUCAAGUCAAUGCAACUUCUUGGGGAAAUGGCUAAAAGACAUUUUUCUAUGGAUGCAUACACCGCAACUAUGUUAGUGGGCUUGCUCACAGAGGAUGAAAAAGGUCAAGAAUACUUGGGAAUGCUUCGUAAAUUUAUGCCCUAUGGAGAAUGUGAGGCGAUUUGUUGGUUUGCUGUUUGCUGUGGGCUUCUAUCCUUCAAUCCUUCAGCUCAUGGGAGUGAAUUUGGUGGUGCUAUGCUUGCCAUGAGCGGUGGGGUUUUGCUGGGCAGUAUCCUAUCAAAUUCCAUGGUUUUAAGUUGUGGUGCAGAAUUUCAGGCCAGUAACAUCCCCAAGGAUCUGUUCUAA